AUGUUAUGCGCAGACAAUGCGUUUGAACCCGAUAAUGAAUCAUUACAACUUCCAGAAGCAGCUUUAUUGAAUUUAGAUCCUCUAAGAAGAAAUAGCACUCGUGAAGCGUUUCAAGUACGAGAAAAAUUUAGAGAUUAUUUUAAUUCAGAUGCUGGUAGUGUUGUUUGGCAGGUGGAACGUGUUCGAAAAGGAAGAAUUCAUUCUUAA